AUAUCGAGUAGACGCAGUAGCGGUGAGGGAUUUUGCUUUUUCGAGUCAUGGCAAGCGCCGCAGUUGAGAAAACAGAGGAGGUGCUCCGCAAGGAGAUCGAUGAGCUCCAACGCCAACAGCGCGAGAUUACGGAACGCCUACGAGACCCUAGGGGACUUCGCAAGGGAGGAGGUGGAGGAGGCUCGGCCGCUGCCGCUCCCCGCAACUUCGCCGCCAAUGGCGCUCGCCCGCGAGGCUUCACUCGACCUGCAGAUAGGGCUGAUGUGGAGGAUCAACCUCCUGCGAAACGCCGGCUUUCGUCAGCUGUUGUCAAGGUGGAGGAUGGAGAGAUAGUUGAGAGUGCUGAAGGAGCCAAGGAUGCGAAGAAGAAGGAUUCAAGCGAGGCGGUGAAAGCUGAUCGCAGUGAUAGGAGGUUGUCAAAUUUGCAACAAGGUAGCUGGUUAAGGAGGGAUGGCAAUCAUGGUGCAGCCAAGAAGGACUUUGACAUUCCGGCAACGGAGCAUGUUCCGAGGGUAUUGCCAAAGCAAGAAGACCCCAGCGUGGUUAACAGGAACAAAAGAAUGCUCGGGCAUGUUUUGGGCACUUUAGAGAAAUUCAGGAAAGAAGAUAUGCAACUCUCAGGAACAGAGGCUUUCAUGCGGAGAUCAAACUCUUUACAAAGAGCUGAGCAAAGAGCACGUGAAGAAAGUGAAAGACUUCGGAUACAAGAGCGAGAACAUAUUGCGGAAAAGCGGAGAAGAGAUCUGACUCUGCGAGCACGUGUUGCUGCCAAGACUGAAGAAAAGAAAUUGGAACUGCUUUUUCUUCAGUGGAGUGAUCAUCAUAAGAAACUUAGCAAUUUCAUAAGGACCAAGGCAGAGCCUCCAAUAUAUUAUCUACCCAAGAAACCAUCAGAUGAGGAUGCUACCUUGGCUGAGCAGCAAAAAGAAAAGGAGUUCCUAGAAUGGAAAGCAGCACGAAGGGAGGAACUGAGUGAUUAUCAGAAGCAGAUUGAGGAGCAGUAUCUAGCAAAUGUUGAGAAGGAGUUGGAGAGGUGGCAAAAUGCAAGGAAAGCAAGGAAAGCCAAUAAUGAUACGAUGAACUUACAGGAAACAAUGGACAAAGAGUUGGACACACAUAGGCUUGAGCAUGGUCCCAAGAAAAGAAAGAUCCCAGAUGGAAGCAACAAUGAAGAUGAGGAUGAUGUAGAAGAUAUCAACGUAGUGGAGGAUGACAUGAUGGAUGAUGUGUUGGAUGUUGAUGAUAACAGUAGAAUGGUUGAUGAAACAGCUAAAUCAGAUGCAGUUAAUGCCAGUCCAAAUGCGGAUAAUAUUGAUUAGUGAGUAAUUAAAGCCACUUAUCCCACCCUUUCGUCCAGCUGAACUUUACUAGGAAUAGAGGAAUUACUUGCCAUAUGUCGGGCAGUUGUCAUCUUGGUUUGUUUUAUGUCUUUUAUGUAAUGUGCUUUCUAGAGUUAUUUAUAUCAUGUGCUUUAGAGUUAUCUUUCUCCCCUUUUCCAUGUACGUGUAUUACAGUACUUUUGAAUGUUAAGUGUUGGUGUUACGAGAAACCAAGUAACAGGUAGUUUGUUUGCCAUGGGAAUGAAGUCA